GAUAUUAAUGCGCGGGUGGGUAGAGGGACCGACUACGCGUCUCGCACAGGCGGCGGGAAGACGCAGUUCGUAAUUCUGGUUCGGUUGGGCCUCACGUCCCGCGGUCGUUAUGGCUGCUAAUGCGGCGUAUUUGGUUGUCCGCGCUCGCAUAAUUUUCGGACUCGCACACCAUCGCCGGGAUGUCACCACUGGCGGGAUUACGAGAAUUUGCCGGACGUUUGACGUUGUGCAGCGAUGCCGUCGUCAUCAUUGCAAACGAUGGUCUAGCUCAAUUUCUACUACGUUUUUGGUUGAUGAAAAUGAAGGAAAACAAAUAUUAAAACCUUCAUAUGAUAAGUCAGAAAUCCAUGUCGAGCUCAGACGAGGAUUGCCCACGGUCACUGUUCCUUUGCCGUCUAGGCGCGAACUUUGUCAGUUUACCUUGCGGCCAGUGACAAAUACGGUCGGYGACUUUACCAAAAUGUUGAAGACCGAGGAUCCGGGUGUCGACCGCGUAGUUAUAUCCAGCUCAGAGGGUGUUCGUAUAGCGUCUUCCAACACAAUCGAAUCGCUCAUGGAAGAUGACUUUCGGUUAGUCAUAAACGAUCGAGAGUUUAUGGUUAAAGUACCACCGCACAGGAAGCUUACAAAGGAAGAAAUGGAACGGCUUUCUGGCGUCAGGACUCUAGUUAGCCAGUUGUACGAAUCACUAAACGUUGAAGAACAUCAAUUAAAAAAAGAAAGGGAAUUAUUGGCUAAGAUGGAAGAACUAAAAGUCAAAUUGGAACCCCUCGAAAAGAAAAGGCAAUCCAUCGACUUGGUAGCYAGCAGACAAACAUCGGUGCUUACAUGGGUUGGUCUCGGACUCAUGUCAGUGCAGUUUGGCAUAUUGGCUCGGCUUACUUGGUGGGAAUACUCGUGGGACAUAAUGGAGCCGGUCACAUACUUCGUCACUUACGGCACCGCCAUGGCCGUAUAUGCUUACUAUGUACUCACCAAACAGGAGUACCUGAUGCCAGAUGUUCGCGAUCGCCAAUAUCUGAUCACCAUGCACAAGAAGGCCAGAAAGUCCGGAUUGGACUUACACACGUACAAUCUGCUCAAGGACAAAAUGGCGAGCGUGCAAACUGAUCUGGCCCGUCUUAAAGACCCACUUAUCCCGCCACACAGAGCCCAAGUCCUGUACGAUCCGUUGGCUGACAGUAACUCUACGGGAAUGGAACCCACGGGACUGUGGUCCGGACUCCGAGCCCGGAUCAAGUCAUUGAUGGAUGAGACCAAAGGCAGAAGCGGCAAACAAACAACCAGUAGCAGCAUUUAAGAACACGCACAGUAUUUUGAAUAAUAAAUAAUAAUUUUAGAUUUAUGUCUUCUUUUUACGAUAAGUUUUUCAUUUUUUUUUCGUUUUAAACUUAUUCGUUUACGUCGUAUAAAAGUUGGUGCUAAACAUAUAUUGCCGGUUUUCUGCUCGCUUUCAUUUUUCAUAUUUCUUAAAUAUUUCUUAGAUGACUUAAUCUCUACACAGGGUUAGAGUAUUAUAACUUCACGCACACAAAAAAUAUCAAUAUACGAGUACUUUAUAGGAUAAUAUAAGAAGUAUAUAGGUUAUAUCGGCUCUUUGCAAUAUAAAAUCUACAUUCUGCAUUAUAUAGUAUCUGUACGCUUUUUUUUGAGACUUUUCUAUACUUAAAAAUGAAAAAAAAUGUCUAAACACGCAAUAGGUUUAGCUAUUUCAUUGGUAUUCGAUUUUUUUUUUUUGAUAAUAAUUAUUAUAAAUAUAUAUUUACUACAUUUUUUUAUGUCCUUAUAUAUAUAUAUAUUAUAUUAUUAUUGUUAUUAUUAUUAUUAUCAUAAAGAACGAGAACGAAAAUCUCGUACCUCACCACACCGGCUCUCGUGGAAUCGUCUCUACGUCACACACACACACACACACACACACACACAAGCACUUGUUGAUUGAUUGAUCAAGAACAAUCAUUAUCGUUUUUUUUCAUUUUUUUUCAUUUUGGGUUAGGAUCAGGGUCGUUUUAAUAAAUAUAUAUAUAUAUAUAUAUAUAUGUUGAUAAAUAAUGUUAUGAUAAUAUUAUAAUAAUUAAUACAUUUACGCGUCGAUGGUGAAUCGUAUUGUAUAUUCGUCGUCGCUGGAUUUGGUUAACGGAAAUUGAGUGCUCAUAUAUAUUAAUAUAUAAUAUUAUAUAACGGCAAUGUGCAUAAGAAGUAACAUAACAAUCCUUGUUUGUUUUAAUGUUGUUUUAACGGAGCCAAUAUUCUAUUUUAAAUGAAUAAGAUGUAUAAUUAUUACUCUUUUUUAAGAUUCGCCAUGCAGCUUUUUAUUUCGAUUAAAGCUCAAUGUAAUUAGUGUUAACUAUUUUUAAAUUUAUCUCUUUUUCUCGCUCUUUAUUAUCCCACUAUUCGUAUAGUAUUUAAAACAUAAUAACUUUUAUAAUUGUCUUUAAUGAUCUUCAACGCCAUCAUAUUAUAAUAUAUAUUAUUUAUAUAAGGUAGCGUGUAAGUACAAAAAUACUGUAACUCAUGUAUAGUCGAAUCGUUAUAUAAUCAUCGAUUUUUUUUUUUUAUCGAAAACGUCAUCGUGCGAUAUUUAGGUCUUAGUAUUAUAGUCGUGCCUCGUGCGAUAUUUAGGUCUCAAAACCAUUUUUUUUUCAAAUCUAUUUAAAAUUUAUUCAUAUUGUAUUAUCAUUAUUUUUUUUUUUAUUUUUUUUUCUAUUUAUUAUACCUAUUACCUAUUGUACGAUUAUUUCUCUUAAAUAAUUAUCAUUUACGUUUAAGUGAAGGUAUUAACUACAUCCUUAAAGUAGGUACUAUAUACAUUGUACAAAACGGCAUUGUUAUAAUAUUCAUUUUUACUUUAGUAAUUUGACUAAUACCUAAGUUUAUAUGAUUUGUUUUUAUUUAAUAUUAAGUAUUCCCUAAAAAUCAUUAGUAUUAAGAUUAUUGUACCAAUAAGAAAUUAAUUUAAUCAAAUUUGUGAUGUUCAAUUGUAUUUUAUUGUUUACAUUUUUAAUUUCAAUAUUAUGUACUUUAACAAAAAGUAUUAAUUUAAGUUGGCUUGUUAAUCAAAUGUUGAGAGGACGUUUCUCGUUUAAACA